AUGGAUUAUGAUGAGGAAAACGGUGAAGGAUGUUUCCGUAACGUGUUCCGGUCAUUUGUAUGCGUUUCGUUGACGCUGCUGUUGGGGCUACAUGUGUACGCGUAUUUCUGGGGUUCGCCCCACGAUGGCUUAGACGAGGAUUUCUCUGAUGUCAGAUAUGUGGUGACGCAGCUCACUCGCGGGCUAACAGAGGUGAACCGCAAGCACGAACGGUUGAAGGGUGAGAUGGAGAGGCUGUCAUCGGCGUUACCUAUCGUGGCGGCUGCUGCCGAUAGAGCAAAGGAUGCACUUGGACCCUCUCUAGGUCGCUCCAGUCGCGGCUCUUUAGAAAUUAUCGAUUACGACAGACAGAUGGCGGAUUAUGCACUUGAAACUGCCGGUGGUCGUAUUCUGGAUACAGGUGAUACCACCGAGCAUGUGAUCUACGAGUCGCCAGUUAGCUGGGCGCUGCAUGUUUUUACAGAAAUAUCAUCAGCGCCUCGUAUAAUACAAUUCGAGGGCCUCGAGUUCCGUUCGGAUCCAUAUCCCCAUGACUUUGGAAGUUUUGAGUACGACAAGAAUGGGAAACCGAUUCAGUACUUCGAGGCGCGUCAUCCGACUUCUAAAGGGUACAACAUGGUUCGUGUGCGAGUUGUGACCAACUGGGGGCAUCCGGUGUACACAUGCGUUUACCGGGUGAGGGUCCACGGUGAGCUAGUUUCAGGACAAGCGCCACGCAUCAUCUCCGACGACACAGAGCUGAAGAUUGAGAACGAAUGA